AUGUCUUCUUUCCCUCCACCACCACCUGUCGCUGCUGGUUCAUCUGCCUCAGCCCAAGCAGCAGCCUUUUCAACAGAUCAACGAAUAUACUUUAGCAAAGAAUCAAAUACUUGGCGGUACGAAGAAGAAGAUGGAGCUGAAAUGGAAUUUGACGCCGUCAAGGGCUUAUGGGUGCCUCUUAUUGAUGAAGAUUUAGUGAAAGCACAACAAGCUGCGUACUCGAUUGCUGGUGUGGACGAAUCCACGCCUGCUGCUCCUGUUCUCAGACGCGAAAACAAAAAACGCAAGGAACCAGAAGAUUACACCUCUGCCACACCAACUCCCCUAGCCGGUCCUUCUAUCAAACGGGGAAAACACGACAAAAAGGAUAAGCCUCCUGCAGAGCGCAAGUCCAAGAAUACUGCUGUCUAUGUUACUGGUCUACCCGUGGACACGACUAUGGACGAAUUGGUGCAGUGUUUUUCCAGGUAUGGCGUACUUGAGGAAGAUGAUGAGGGCGAUCCCAAGGUGAAGAUGUAUGCAAAGGAUGACGGCUCGUUUAGCGGAGAGGCACUAGUGGUGUAUUUCAAGGAAGAUUCCGUGGUGUUGGCCCUCAACAUUCUGGACGAGAGUGAAUUACGGCUGGGAGAUCCAUCGACGAGGAUGAGUGUCGCCAAAGCCGAUUUCGCGCACAAGACGAGCCAAACAAACGGUGCUGGAGGUGAGCCGCGGAAAACGGUAGACAAAAAGAAGGUUUCAAGAAGACUGGGAAAGAUGCAAAAGAAGCUGGAAGAAUGGGUCGAUGAAGAUGGUUUUGGUCCUGCCAUGGAGCCCGAAGACAAUGCUAAUGUUGCCAAUAAAAACGGCAGAGUGGUCGUUCUCAAGCAUAUGUUCACCCUCGACAAUCUACAGAAAGAUGCAUCUUUACUACUCGAUUUGAAGGAAGAUGUCCGAGAGGAAUGUUCAUCUUUAGGGGAGGUGACGAAUGUCGUCCUGUACGAUAAAGAGAAAGACGGUGUGAUGACCGUAAAGUUCCGCGACCCUUUGAGCGCAGCGGCUUGUGUCAUCAAAAUGAACGGCAGAUUUUUUGACGGAAAAAGGGUAGAAGCUUCGCUCUACUCUGGCAAGCAGAGAUUCCAGCGUAGUGGUGCAGGUGAGGAUAUCGAGGGUGAGGGCGAUGAGGCUGAAAAGAAACGACUCGACGAUUUUGCACAAUGGCUAUUGACGGAAGGCGACUAG